AUGGAUGUGUGCAGUUGUGAAGUUGUCAGCAUCCGAGAAUACAUUUCAGAGGUAGCAGAGACCACAGAAGUGAUAGAGGGCCCUUUGCUUAGUCCAGUUGUGGACAGAUUUACUUCCAUCUACGAACUCAGAAUGAAGUUGACCAAUCGUCUUGAGGGAGGAGGGAGCAGCUGGCUCGCACAUCAGAAAUGCUACAGAUUUUGCCUCCUGCAAUUGUGGAGUGACACGCAGAACCUACGUCAACGAGACUUAACUACAAAUCGCACCAGGAAAACCACGGAGUUACUCUCCCAUAGUUCGGAUAGUUCUAUGCGCUUGUGUAGUUUUCAUGCGCUGCAUAAAGUCAAACGACUCCUUCCACUCUCGGUUAACUGGAAAGUUGCUAAUUUAAGCGCAUACAGUCUGGUAAGGCAUUCAUUUUCUGACCACGAUGUUGUCCAAAAGGAAGAGGAAACAUAUCAGUUUGAAGCGAAACCUCGCCCUAUAAGUCCACCUCAGUACGCUGAUACAACAGAAUCGCCAUUAUAUUGGCGUACCUCCACCCAACCUAAAGGACAUGAUUUGAGAAGACCCUCCAGUCGAAAAAUCAAGGUAUAUUCCAAACCUGUGAAUUUUUCCAAUAACUGGAACGAGAGCGACUGUACCGAUCGGAAGAUUGUAUUAGAGGGUCGUGUUUCGGAACUCGAGGCUCAAAACCAAUCAUUAGAAAAAUCUGUGGAAGUUCUAAAGAGCAAGCUUGAAGCAGCAGAAAAUGAAAUACAAGCUGCGAAACUGGAUUUAACGGAAUUUGUUCCAAGAAAACUCUUUUUGGAGCAGGCGGACGAACUUGCCACAGAAAAAGAACGGGCGUUGCAGUUGAAGUUGAAAUGCGGAGAACUCGAAUCUGCACGUUUAUCGCUAGACAAAGAACUAUCAAUGGCUUGCGCUCAAUUUGAAGCCAAGAGGCAGUGUUACAAAAAACGCAUCCAAAACCUGGAGGAAGAAUUAGGAGAGAGAAUCGCCGGGGUUUCAGAGUUGAAAAACCCAAGUCCCGUGUUACCUAGUCUCACCUCUGUUACGCCGAGAACACAGAACUCACAGGACCAAAACAGCUUUCACGAAAAAUUGGAGCCUAGAAGGGUAGAGAUGAACAUGUGGAGCGGGAAACACUUAAAAGGUGCUAAUAUGAGAGAUGUGCCGGAUCAAAGACAAGGAUAUCAACAAGACAUGGAAAUGAAGCUUGAUGGGACUGAGGAACUGCUACUGAAAUUUCCUGUUGACACUAAUGACGGGGAGGAAGUUCCGUCGGAAGAAAAUGAAUCAAGGGUCCAGUACACAAAUGGAGAUCAAGAAAACAUUAGCCAUUUGGACUAUGCGAAUGGAAACACUAACGGUGAAGACGAACUUGACGGAGCCGAGAUUAAAAAGGUGACAUGGUUUACAAACGUUGAGUCGCAGCGUAAAAUCAUACAACUUCAAACGAAGAUUGCGCAACUUGGGCAGCGAUCCGACGCAUCGGCGAAGACCAAAUUGGUUCAGACAGACCCGUGUGAAAAUGGCUUAAACGAGACGCAAAGGACGUUUGAACUACCCCACUGGGAACGAGAGUUCCCACUAGAAGAUACAGAGACCUUAUCGGAUUACAAACCCACCGGACUUCCAAGUACACGAAUUUGUACUCCGUCGAGUGAUGGUGGGGACAAACUUUACGAAUUGACCAAUGUAACUGAAAUUCGAAGGUGGAAGUGGGACUCAAGUACAACAAUGACAUCAUGUGCGUCAUAUCAGCAAAAUACCCUAUCACUUUGGCGACCACUUCAGCAACGUACCAAGACUGCUUCUGGCAGAGCAAUUCUCCACUGGCACCUAACCGCGAUUUGCACUACUUAUAAGGUUGCUGAAAAUUCGUCGAUAGCCCACGAACGGUUUCGCCCUUCUUGGGGCUCAUCAAUUAGGCGCACUCCCCGAGUUUCCGUCAACCUUAUGUUCUACUUGAAACCAAAUUGCACGAAAUUAGAGAAAUACAGUGAGUUCAGUCAAUAUCCUUUAACUCGUCGUCCAAGGCCAAAAACAAGUCUUCCUCCCAACUAUCGAGGUCAACCCGAUGUACAACUGCAAGCGGAAAGAAAUGCACUCGUACACUUUGUUGCAGACACCAUUGCAGCUGUGGUUGACGCGAAUAAUGACGAGUGCUCACAGAUAGCUAAACAUUUGGGACUCCAGCCUAUUUGCACCAGGCUGCCGACUUCCAUCCUGUCGGUUCGGGAUCGUAACUGUCACCUCCGACCAGGAGCUCAAACCUCGCCAUUUUAUUUGUCAUUCAUGCGUGAUAUAGCUUGGCAAAACUGGACUGCGGUAUUGGCUGAAUCCUUGGCGGGGUUGUCAGCUAGUUGUUACAUGGUUUUGAAGAAAGUAGAGUUGCAAACUGAAGAGUUGUUGAGGAGUUCCAAGCAUUUGGCUGACACGAGAUCCCUCAUCGCCGGGCAGAUCCAGCUGAUGCAAGACUUGCAGAAGCAAGCUCGGAAAUCCCGGAUGAAUAGGAUGCCUCAAAGUAAAAAUGUAAGUUCUGUUUGUGUUGUUUGCAUUGACGAUAGUCUGUCGCAUUUAAAUCAUUGUAAAAAUUUUUCCAGAAAAGAAAUUUAUCUGGGGUGUCAGUUCAAGGGAUUUUCCCAGGCAAAAGAGGACUUCUGGAUCAAGAUCCACAAAUCCGUUACACAAACGCAUCGUAAGUUAACAAAUCGGUUGUUUCAGCGUUAUGAAUUAACAAACUAUAUGGUCAUAAUAACAUGCCGUUUAGUGACAAAGGUAACAU